AUGGAACACAACAGCACCGACAGAGAAGCCUUGCACAUGGCUGCCAUUUUGUACAACCACAUAAACCGCACAGUCGAGGCACUGAACUACAUAUUGAGGGCUUUGAAGCUGUGCGAUGUUGAUGAUCCCCUUUGUGCAAAAAUACACAGUGACCAUGGUGACAUACUGAAGGACUUAGGUGAUCUCAGCACUUCGGCCCAGAGCUACGAAGUCGCAAUUCGUUUGGAUCCUGAUAUCGCUCACGCUCAUCUAAACCUUGCUGUGAUAAGGCACUUGGAGAGUGACUACCAAGGUGCCUUUCUACACUACCAAGUGGCCUUGUCUCUAGACCCAAAGAACAAGCUCAUCACGGACAACAUGGCCAAGUUGAGGCGACGACUCACGAAGCAUUUGCCGUUCCACGACUGUGUUUAG